CCUCACCCCUUGGCUACAUUUCGUUUGUAACUGUUUAUUAGGUUUUGAUUCGGAUUUUUGAUUUUUUGUGUGAUUUACAGGCAGGCCACCCUGCCGUUACAUUUGGACGGGAUUUUCAGAGUUGCCCAAGGGUGGAAGAAAUUGACGGAUGUGGCCGUGUCAAAAGCCCGGUUUAGAUGUCAAGCCAUCCUUCAGGCUUUUACUCAAAUGGGCCUUAUGAAUCGCCUCCGAAAUCUGACACUCCACCUGACCUCCGUCGACAAUGAUUAUCGACGAAUAUAUGACGAGUUGGACCAGCAUUCGAGAGAAAUCGAUAUAGCUCUCUUAGCCGCAGUUAUUGCGACCGCGUCGUCCCAACUCAACUCCUUCAAGCUGAGCGGUUUCGAAAUGCUCAUGAAGGAUAACCGCCUGCCACCGCACCUCCAAUUAACUCCAAACUUUCUUGCGAAGGAGGCGCCCUUCUUGGGAAACGUUUCGUUGGCGAAAGUCGACUUCGACGCGGGGUUGAAGCUCGGAGUAACGGUUUCGAAGCCACUUCGCAUGAAAUUGUAACGUAUUUAAACGAGUUAAAAUACUUGGAAAGAAAAGUGAGCAAAAUUAAUUGUGUGGCUAAAAUUUAAUGUCGGGUGAAAUUAUCAG